AUGAACUACUUUCUGUCACUUUUUAAUGUAUCCUUAUUUUUUCUCUUAAUAUUUAAAUAUUCAUACAAGAAUAUAGUAAAAAAAGAUCUACAAGAUAAAUUUAACAAAUCCAUAAUAACAAUAAAUAUAGCAAGUCGAAUACUAACAGAAAAUAAUAAAAAAUGGUAUAAGAAAUAUAUUUAUACAUCAAUAUUUAGUGGAAAUAAAAAUCCACAAAAAAGAGAAAGAAAAAAUGAAGAGGAAAAUCAAAAAGACAAUACAAAAGUGGAUAAUGAUAAUAAUAUGGAAAAUGAGAUGGAAAAUCAUAUAGAUGAUUCUAUAGACGACCCUAUGGAUGAUCUUAUGAAUGAUAAAUGGGAACAUCAUAAUUCAUUGGAAGAUAGAAUAAAAGAAUACUAUACAUUAACAGACCCAUCAGAUGGCGAAGAAAAUAAUUCAUUUUUUAAAAAACUUAAAUUAAUUAUGAAUAUAUUAGAUGAAGUGCAUUCUGAUUUAUUAAUAAAUAAUAGUGUUACAGAUGGAAGUAUUUUUUCUCCCGAACUUGUACCUAUAAGUGUUUUAUCAACCAUGACAUUAGCCUGUCCACCUAUAGGAACUGUCACUCUUCCUUAUAUUACUAACAGAAUAAAUUUUUUGAAUAGAUAUGAAGGACAAAAUAUACACACAGAACAUGAUUUAAAAAUAUUUAAAUGA